GCAUCGUGUUCGUAGAGUCGUAGUUCCUGUCCAGCGUUUGCAUUUUCUUGAUUUGGAGACAACUGAACUGACAGCAAGAAUCCAAUAAAUGGCAGAGAGAAGCAAAGAGCUUCUUCAGUUUGAGCACAAGGGCACGCCCCUUUCAUCUUUAGAAUCAGCCCUUCUUGUUUGUGAUAAUAAAACACAAUCAGACACACAAACUAAGAGACUCCCUCCUCAUGCCACGCCUCUUACUGCCCCACUUCCCCCGAGCCAACUUUUGGGGAAGGUUAAAGACUUCCUAGGAGUAAUGUCAGAAGCAAAUAAGAAGCUGGAACAUGAUGCAAAGGACAAUCCCAAGAGUUAUGAUAUUGAAGAGAUUACUGGAAAUGAAUCUGAAGUUAUUGAAAUGGAUUUGAUGCUUGGUAUUGCUGAUCUUCAUACACCUGAGGCGGUGGCUGCUGCUGAAUCUGCAAUUUCUAAUUGUCAGCCUGUAAUUCCAUUGGCUGCUGAUGGUAAUGGAACAGAUUCAGAGGAAAGUAGUACUGAUGAUGAAAGUGAUGAAGAGGUUGAAGGCAAUGACAAUGGAAAGGAUGGUGAAAAGCCUUUGUCACUUGCUCAAGAAUCUAUUUCCAGUGAAGAUAAUAUUCAUGAAAAACAAAAGGGAAAUGGUCAUUCCAAAAAACGUCCAAGGAUAGUGGAGCUAUCAUGAGCCUAAUGGGUUUGUGAGAAGUAGAGUUAUGUUACUGAGGAGAUUGCGACCAGUCACAAUGCAUUUAUACAUCUGGGGUUGGAAUAUACUGCAUGAGCUGCGUUGAGAAUAGAACAAUAGCAGACCACAACAAUGUUAUAAUACAGUAGAAAAAUUUCAAUCUACCAAUGUAUUUAUGACCGCUGUCAGGUAGUAAAGUAACAGGACUUGCUACUUGGCUUUAUCGUAGGGUUCUCUAUAGAAAUCUACCGACUUUUUAAAUUAUUGCAUACGUGCAUUGUUUAACUUGCCGUUCUUGCUUAUUUUUCCCUCUUCUCUGUCAAUGAGGAAAAAAAGGUCAAAA